UGGUCUUAAUUGAAUAAACUACCUGUCCUGAAGACUCUGAGAAAGAAAACAGUCCCAUUCAGUGUUCAGAGUCCUGCUUUCCUCAUCCAUAAUGUUCACACAGCUGUUUUGAGUAACUAAAAUGGGAGGAAGUAUGUGGCAGUGCUCUGUAGGGAGGGGGGAAGUCGGAACACCAUAACAUGGUGUGGGAAGUGAAGACAAAUCAGAUGCCUAAUGCAGUACAGAAACUCCUGCUGGUGAUGGACAAGAGAGCUUCAGGAAUGAAUGACUCAUUGGAGUUGCUGCAGUGUAAUGAGAAUUUGCCAUCCUCCCCAGGAUACAACUCCUGUGAUGAGCACAUGGAGCUAGAUGACCUUCCUGAACUUCAGGCUGUUCAAAGUGAUCCUACCCAAUCUGCCAUAUACCAGCUAAGUUCAGAUGUAUCUCAUCAAGAAUACCCAAGACCAUCCUGGAGCCAGAAUACCUCAGACAUACCAGAAAAUACUCACCGUGAAGAUGAGGUGGACUGGCUAACAGAAUUAGCAAAUAUUGCCACUAGUCCACAAAGUCCACUUAUGCAGUGCUCCUUUUAUAACAGAUCAUCUCCUGUACACAUCAUAGCUACCAGCAAAAGUUUACAUUCCUAUGCACGCCCACCACCAGUGUCCUCUUCUUCAAAGAGCGGGCCAGCCUUCCCUCAGGACCACUGGAAGGAGGAGACACCAGUAAGACACGAAAGGGCAAACAGUGAGUCGGAGUCGGGCAUUUUCUGUAUGUCCUCCCUGUCAGAUGAUGAUGAUCUGGGCUGGUGCAAUUCCUGGCCAUCGACGGUUUGGCACUGCUUUUUGAAAGGCACACGACUGUGCUUCCAUAAGGAAAGCAAUAAGGAAUGGCAAGAUGUGGAAGACUUUGCUAGAGCCACAGGCUGUGAUAAUGAGGAAGAGAUCCAAAUGGGCACUCACAAGGGUUAUGGUUCUGAUGGUCUAAAGCUGUUAUCCCAUGAAGAGAGUGUGUCAUUUGGUGAGUCUGUACUGAAGUUGACAUUUGAUCCUGGUACAGUAGAAGAUGGCUUGCUUACUGUAGAGUGUAAGCUGGACCACCCUUUCUAUGUUAAAAAUAAAGGUUGGUCGUCAUUUUAUCCAAGCCUGACUGUGGUGCAGCAUGGCAUUCCAUGUUGUGAGAUUCACAUUGGUGACGUUUGUCUACCUCCUGGACACCCUGAUGCCAUUAAUUUUGACGAUUCAGGUGUUUUUGAUACAUUUAAAAGCUAUGACUUCACACCCAUGGACUCUUCUGCAGUUUAUGUUUUGAGCAGUAUGGCUCGUCAGCGUCGUGCAUCUUUGUCUUGUGGAGGACCUGGUACUGGUCAAGAGUUCGCGGGAAAUGAAUUCAGUAAAAGCUGUGGUUCACCUGGAUCAUCACAGCUCUCUUCUAGUUCUUUGUAUGCUAAAGCUGUCAAAAGCCACAGCUCAGGGACUGUGAGUGCCACUUCUCCUAAUAAGUGCAAAAGACCAAUGAAUGCCUUCAUGCUUUUUGCCAAAAAAUACAGAGUUGAAUAUACUCAGAUGUAUCCAGGGAAAGAUAACAGAGCCAUUAGUGUGAUCCUUGGUGACAGGUGGAAAAAAAUGAAGAAUGAGGAAAGGAGGAUGUACACAUUAGAAGCAAAGGCUUUGGCCGAAGAACAAAAGCGUUUAAAUCCUGACUGCUGGAAAAGGAAAAGAACCAAUUCAGGCUCUCAACAGCAUUAAACCUGAUGCUUGUGUCUGUAAGUCUGCAUUCACACAAGUACCAACUCUGGACGGAAAAGCUUGGAAGACUUUGGUCUCACCAUUUGUCCUACAUUUGUGUGACCAUAAGAUGCUAAGAGCAUUGAGUCUUGAAAUGAUUUAAUGGGUGAGGAUUUGCUUUCUCCAUUAGAGCAUUAAGUAAGCUACAACUAUCAACAUUGUAAACCAAAUUGCCUUAUUUUCCUUCCAAACUUCAUAUACGUCUAUCAGGUAAUAUAGGCUUGAAAAUUGAUAUCCUGUGGUGCUAAAGUACAGUAGAGAGAUGUGUAUACAUGUUUUAUUUUAAAUUGUACGAAGGGGAAUUUAAAAAUAUGUAACUGCUGUUUAUACACCGGCUCCUUACUGCUUAUUAAUCUGUAUUGUACCCACGAUAUCAGGAAUGAAGCAGACGCUGGCCUUUCCAUGAAUAGCCACCACAUGGCCCAGCAUCUGUGCCAAACACAGUCGCUUCUAGUCUGGCCAGUGCCAAGAGACAACAUAGCAUGGCAGGUGGAUGGUGUCAUUGUCCCAGCUAAAAGAGCCACCUGCUUCAGGCACCACCGGCAUGUGCUGAGUGGACGCACCAGGGGGCAGCCUGCCUCCACGGGUUCCAUUGGGGGCCAAGCCCAGCCAAGGUGCAGUUGGUUAAUAGCAUUGGGACAGUCACUCUAAUGGUGCUGUUGACUCUCUCCUCAGCCACACAGCUUACAUCUGUGCCGUCAUCGUCUCUAUGGUGGGGGCAGACUUUGCACUUUACCUCCCUCCAGCUUCUGAGAUAGAGCAAGGACUGCAGCAGGUGAACUGCUUUUGCUCUGAGCUACAAUCAUGGCUUCUCAUGUUACUUACCAAGUGGUAUUUUUGGUUAGGAAUCACAGCUGUAAAGUUGAUUUCAGUUCAUUACACUUCUUAAACAUGUUGCCCUCAAUUUUGCACACUAUAUUCUUGUAUAUUAUUUCAAAUAAAAUGAAAAAAAAAUCUG